UAGCAUUUUGUCACCCAAGUUUGAAGCCCAACUACUUCCCUUCCCUACCUACACUCAGUCGUCAGUUCUCAGUCUCCGCUAUUAACACUCUGCAACAAUGAACUCCGCAGCAUUUCCUUCCCUCCAAUCUUCCUUCUCCCAAACUCCAAGCUUCCACUCAUCACAAUCAUCGCAGCCCGCCUUCUCCUUAUCGCUCCCUUCUUCUUCUUCUUCUUCUUCUUCUUCGCCAUCCACCUUCAGGACUCAAACCUCCCUUUACCUCCUCCCCAAUAACAACAACAAUGUCUUCCUCCAAAAACCCCGCGGCGCCUACAAAUUCCCCCCCAGAGGUAACCUAUCACGCGCCACCAGUGGAAUCAGCUGCUCUGCCGCCGACCCGGUUAAGAAACUCCGGUUGAUCCUAGACUCGCCUGGGACCCACCAAGGUCCCGCCUGUUUCGAUGCUCUGAGUGCUAAGCUCGUGGAGAAAGCUGGGUUCCCCUUCUGCUUUACCAGUGGGUUUUCGAUAUCAGCUGCUAGAUUGGGAAUGCCUGAUACUGGGUUCAUCUCGUAUGGAGAAAUGGUAGAUCAAGGGCAGCAAAUCACUCAAGCUGUGUCGAUUCCUGUGAUUGGAGAUGGUGAUAAUGGAUAUGGGAAUGCCAUGAAUGUUAAGAGGACGGUGAAAGGAUACAUUAGAGCUGGUUUUGCUGGAAUCAUUCUUGAAGACCAGGUGUCUCCAAAAGCUUGUGGUCAUACCCGUGGUAGGAAAGUGGUGUCAAGGGAAGAGGCAGUAAUGAGGAUAAAAGCAGCUGUGGAUGCCCGGCAAGAGUCAGGUUCGGACAUUGUGAUUGUUGCGCGCACCGAUUCUCGCCAAGCAGUGUCCUUUGAUGAAUCACUCUGGAGGUGUAGAGCUUUUGCUGAAGCUGGAGCAGAUGUCCUUUUCAUUGAUGCAUUGGCUUCAAGAGAAGAAAUGAGAGCAUUCUGUGAAAUAUCUCCCCUAGUUUCGAAAAUGGCCAAUAUGCUUGAAGGAGGUGGUAAAACUCCAAUACUCAACCCCUUGGAGCUGGAGGAAAUUGGCUACAAGAUUGUGGCAUAUCCACUUUCCUUGAUUGGAGUCUCUAUUCAAGCAAUGCAGGAUGCUCUUUCUGCCAUUAAAGGAGGCAGGAUUCCUCCUCCUGGAAGUAUGCCAUCAUUCGAAGAAAUAAAGGAAACCUUAGGUUUCAAUGAUUACUAUGAAGAGGAGAAGCGGUAUGCUACCAGCAUUUCUAGGCAGACAGGUUCAUCAGCGAGCAGUAAUGUGUAUUCUAUGCAACGGAGUGCUCAAGAUGAUAGAGAACAAAGAAGUGAAAGUCCCCAAGAGCCUGUUGUGGAAGUGAUUACUCCUGAUGUGUACAAUAACUAUGGUGCAGAUGGUUCUAGAUCCUUUUCUGGAAUCUGGUCUCGGACAUUGAGAGUCAAGAUAACAGGCAGAGAUGGGUUCGAAAAACUUGACGUCAGAAUCCCUGCUGGGUUCUUAGACGGGAUAACCAACAUAGUGCCUGCUCUGGGAGGUGUCAACAUCAAAGAACUGUUGGAUCAGGCGUCAGGGGAAGCAGGAGGCAAGCUGCUGUUGGAUUUCAAUGACACAGCAGGAGACAGAAUUCAAGUCUUCCUAGAAUGAAACUCUUAAUUCUGCCGGCCUUUAUCGAAGCUACAGGGAAAGGCCUCUCCUUGCUACCAGGUUAGAGCAAAAACACUCAUCUAAGAUCUUCCAAUAUAAAAUUAUACGAAUUACCAUAACCGAACUACAUAUGAAUUAUGAUUGUGCUCUCGACCUACUUCAUCCUGUUGAAUGGUGUGAAAGAGAUCUGCAUGUUCUCGCUAUGCAUCGGGUAGACUAAUUUAUUUGAUUGGUUAGCUAAGAGAUCUAUUACUAGUACCUAAUCCUAAGCGUUGGCGCACAGGUAGAGUUGUUGAUGGUGUUAAAAAUUACUACCAGCAUAGUAUUUAGAGACCACAGUUAUAAAGCUAUGUUGUCUGUUCCAGGCUAAGAAUUGGGAAGAGUAUUGCUAAUACUGCUCUAUAUGGCUGUGUUUGUGCAUCAGGAAACUAUUAUGAGAACAAGGAUCCGACAGCGAAGCAGAUAUGCAGAGGCAUCAGUGAAACGAAACCCAUGGUCGGGAUAAUAUGAAUUUAACCACAGCCUAGUUACCGUCUGAGGCAGACUUGUAAUGGUCUCGGAAGCUGAUCCAGAUGAUCAGAUUGUGAUUCUCGCGACAUGAAUGGUUGCUCACUGCUUUCACAAUAAAAUUUGUAGGGUUGCUAAAUUGAAGGUACAGAAUUUAAGUUUCUAGGACCAAAUGAACGACUGUCCAUUGCCACGAUGUUGUCGCAACAAAAUUAACUAGCGGUAAUUGCAGCGUUACUGAAUUUUGGAGAUGUAGAUCAUACAAGAUCAGGUUGUAGGAUCGACAAAUCAUCGUGUCUGAAACAAACCAAAGAGAGCGAA